ACGUUUUUGUUUUUGUUUUUUUUUUUUUCUGGAAAGAGUGCUGGAGGAGGCAAUGGUGCGCCUGUGCACAAUUUAGUCGCAUUUCGCCUGACGAUUUUCCUCUCCACCGUCUCUCUCCGUUCCUCUCCUCUGCUCAUCUUAUCUGUUCGUCUGAAAAAAAAAAACCGUUUCCGGCGGACGCACGGGCGGAGGCUCGGCCAGCGUUCUCCUCCUCCGCGACACCGACUCGCCUCCGUCGCGCGCGCGGCCGGCGAGCAGGGCCGGAGGCGCAGUGCGGACGGGCUGCUGCUCCCCUUCCCCGACCCCCUACCGCACUAGUAUUCUCCCCUGUGCGGCCGGCCGGCGAGCAUCUCGGUUCGAAUCGAAGUAUCGAAUUGAAGCCUUUGUGGUGAAGGCAUUAAACAGAAAUCAAAGUAGCAUGAGCAAGCACUAACUGGGAAUCUCCAUAAUACAGCAUUCCAGUGAGUUGAGGACUUUUUUUUGUCACUACAGAAACUAAGGAUACCUGCGUGAUUUCAAAAUUUCAAUGUGUGAUUAGCUCAGUGAAAUCCUGUCCAACUUGUUUCAUAUUCAAUAUGCCACCAUGGUGGGGGAAGUCUUCAUCAAAAGAAGUAAAGAAGACUGCCAAAGAAAACCUCAUUGACACAUUUCAUCGGUUAUUAAGUCCAAAUGAGCAAAAGGGGAGAACAAAAUCACGGGGGAAUCGUAGACAUAGUAAAGAUCCAACUGCUGAGAAAGGUUGCUGGUCUACUGCCCAAUCACGCUCUGCAUCCCCUUCAAAAGAGGUUUCUCGUUGUCAAAGCUUUGCUGCAGCCAGAGCACAUGCACAACCACUUCCCCUUCCUAGAUCCCGUGCUAUGGUGGCACGUACUGCUUCUGAUAUUACCGAAUCAAAGGUCGUUUUGGAAAAGCGUGGCAAAGGACAACAACUACCGCUCCCUACCACAAAUUGGGUUAAAGAAAGACCUGAAACUACCGAACCUGUUGCAGAAUUAUCAACUGCUUCUAUCUCCAGCCAUGGUUCUAUAGAUAGCGAUGAUCCUGGAGAUUUGCGACUUCAGGGACCUGUGGCAAAUGACACCGACAAUGUGGCUAAAGUUGCUACAACCGGUAAUUCAAGUGUUGUGCAUAAGGAGUGUUCUAGUGCCAUCACCAGAAAGGGCACUAAGGAAGUGACGAUGCCAACCAAUGCUUUCUUGAGUAAUCAAAUUCUAUCUACAAGUCCCAGAGGUACUGUUGUUGCUGACAGUUACCAGUCAAAUUUACAAAAUUCACGAAAGGUUGUUCUGGACAGUGCUCCCAAUAGUGUGAUGUCAAGCCCUUCUCGAAGCCCAAGAAUAUUAUGCCCUGAUCAGAUUCCAAGUUCAGCAUUUUGGGCAGUUAAGCCUCAUACAGAUGUAACUUUUGUUGGGUCUGCUCAGUGCUCCAGUCCUGGUUCAGGGCAAACAUCUGGGCAUAAUUCAGUGGGAGGUGAUAUGCUAGCCCAGCUCUUUUGGCAACCUAGCCGAGGUAGUCCAGAGUGUUCACCAAUUCCCAGCCCAAGAAUGACAAGCCCUGGUCCAAGUUCAAGGGUACAUAGUGGAAGUGUCUCUCCAUUGCAUCCAAGGGCUGGUGGGAUGGCACCUGAAUCUCCAACAAGGCGACUUGAUGAAGGGAAGAGGAAGCAAACCCACAGAUUGCCCCUUCCACCACUAAGCAUAUGUAACAAUUCCACCUUUUUGCCAAACAAUUCCACCCCAACUAGUCCUAUCUCACAUAGUCCUGGUAGAGUAGAAAAUCCAACUAGUCCUGGAUCACGGUGGAAGAAGGGAAAGCUUGUCGGCCGUGGGACAUUUGGCCAUGUAUACAUUGGCUUUAACAGUGAUAAAGGUGAAAUGUGUGCAAUGAAGGAGGUCACCCUUUUCUCAGACGAUCCUAAAUCAAAAGAAAGUGCAAAGCAGUUGUGUCAGGAAAUAUUACUUCUGAAUCGUCUGCAACAUCCAAAUAUUGUACGAUACUAUGGAUCUGAAAUGGUUGAUGAUAAACUUUAUAUAUACCUGGAGUAUGUUUCUGGUGGAUCCAUCCAUAAACUACUCCAGGAGUAUGGGCAAUUUGGUGAACCUGCUAUCCGCAGUUAUACCAAGCAAAUACUUUUAGGCUUGGCUUAUCUGCAUGCAAAAAAUACGGUUCACAGGGACAUUAAAGGUGCAAACAUACUGGUAGAUCCUAAUGGUCGUGUAAAGCUUGCUGACUUCGGAAUGGCAAAACAUAUCAAUGGGCAGCAGUGUGCCUUUUCAUUUAAGGGUAGCCCGUACUGGAUGGCUCCUGAGGUUAUAAAAAAUUCUAAUGGAUGUAAUCUUGCUGUUGACAUAUGGAGCUUAGGAUGCACGGUUUUAGAGAUGGCUACCUCAAAACCACCAUGGAGCCAAUAUGAAGGGAUUGCUGCAGUGUUUAAGAUAGGAAACAGUAAGGAGCUUCCACCAAUACCAGAUCACCUCUCAGAAGAGGGCAGAGACUUUAUAAGACAGUGCCUGCAGCGCAAUCCAUCCAGCCGUCCAACAGCAGUGGAUCUUUUGCAGCAUUCAUUUAUACGAAAUGCAUCUCCACUUGAAAAAUCACUGUCGGAUCCAUUGCUACAGUUGUCUACUACAUCCUGCAAACCAGAUCUGAAGGUGGUCGGGCAUGCCAGAAAUAUGUCUUCUUUGGGUUUGGAAGGGCAAUCCAUUUACCAGAGAAGAGCUGCUAAAUUUUCUUCUGUGCACAGUGAUAUUCAUGUACGAAGCUAUAUAUCUUGCCCUGUUUCUCCAUGUGGGAGCCCUCAUCUGAGGUCAAGAUCUCCACAACAUCAAAAUGGUAUAAUGUCACCCUCUCCGAUUUCGAGCCCAAGAACUACUUCAGGUGCUUCCACUCCUCUGACUGGUGGUAAUGGAGCUAUUCCUUUUAACCAUGCAAGACACCUAGCUUACAAUAAUGAGGGUUUCACAAUUACAUCGAGAUGUCUUGAUGAGCCCUUGCCAAACCAGCCUCCAGAUCCGGUCCUUGGUCGUUUUGUUAGAGUGAAACAACCCUCGCUAGGUUUUCAGGAGAGGGCAGUCCCUGAAGCUGACAUUCUGAGCCCUCAAUUUGGAAGGAUGGGACAUGUGAGCGUGUGGAAUUUGCAUGAUAAGCCACUGCCUUCUGAGCAUGCUUCACAGAAGGGCUUUGAGGAUCGGGUAAAACUUAAGCCUCCACUGGAUUUGAGAUCUGGUCCACCACACCUUGGGUGCAACCAUGGUCAUUGAUUUCACCCAAAGGUGUGCUGGAUAGGCAUUGAGUUGGAGCUUGAUGAGAGCUGCUGAGCCAGUUUGCCCAUCUAUUUACUGCAAGCCUGGCACUGUAUCAUAGUACACGAAUAAUUUCAUUAAUUAUUUCAGAAGCUGACCGUCUCAACAAAGGUGAGCUAUGCCCCCACCAGGAACAGGCGUUGACUUCCAUAUUACCAUGCCUGUUAUGUGUUAACCAGUUACACGUCGUUGAUGCAAUUGUAUAUUACAGAGGGUCUAGAUAGCCAAGGACCCAAAACAGUAGUUCUUCACCUGUAUACUCUGGUAUCUACAUUCGUUUUCCUUUGGACAAUCUAUGGGUUUCGAGGCCAUUGUACAGGAGGAAACUCAACUAGAAGUCCACAUUUUGCAAAGGUAGAGGCAAUUGAACCAUUCAAUACCCAUUCUUUUUCUCAGUACUUCCCCUUGCUGCGAGCUUUUGCAACUAGUCAGCUGCAGCCUGCAUAGUGAAAGCGUUGUUGCUGUACUCAGGUAAUCCAUUCACUGUAUCUAUUACUCUGGAAAUUAUACAGAGAUUCUGAUCGUUAAUCAAAUCAACGUGACUAUAUGAUUAUGUUGCUUCUUC